AUGUCUUUUGCUAAGUCCGAUAGUUUGCGUUUGCUCCUAGUUCGUGUAGACGGCUUAUUCACAGAUGAAGAUUUAGUCACGGAUGAAGAUUCAAUUACUGAUGAAGACCUAAUCGCUGAAGGCAGUUCGGUCACUAACGAAGAGUUAGUCGCAGACGGAGCAUUGGCUACUAAUGAAGGGUUAGUUAUAGACGAAGUAUUGGCUACUAAUGAAGGGCCGUCUGAUGAAUUAACUUAUAAAGUAAAAGAAGCUUUGAAACAUCAUGACCCUUACCACAAAUUAGUUGAUGUAUUUAAUAAUCAUGGCUAUUUUUUGCCAAAAAAGAUAAUUCUCGGCCAUAAAAUAUAUGGAAUGACUUAUCUAACCAUAGGAAAAAACUUUACAGAACAUAAUCAUGAAGGUAAUAAUCCAGAAUGGAAACCUCCUGAUGAUUUUUCGGAGAGUGAAUUCGAUGAUCUUUUGAUUCAAUGGGAAAAUUGGAUGAGUUCUUAUAAUUUUGAUUUAUCUUACCUUGUAUCAAUUAAUGGUGAAUUGAUUAUGAAAAAUAAAAUAAAAGAGUGGAUUAAAUUUUGUUUAGAGAGUGAUCUUGAUUCAUUACAAGUUAUUGGUUGCAAAGAAUUAUAUCCGUUAUAUGAAAUUUUUGACUUUUCUCUUCGCCAAGAAAUUGAGUCUGUUCUUGGGAUUAGUAGACCAACUGAAUUCACUAUAAGUAACCAACCUGAGUCUGUUAAUAGAACCAAUAUAAAAGAAAGAGUUCUUAUGGCAGGGAUAGUACCAAUUAAAGACCCUCCCUAUUCAUAUAGUGUAAAAUUUCCUGAUCGUUUUAAAUCUAAUAAUUAUCAAGUUUUUGGAAAAUUUAUUACACAAGAUGAUGAACCGAUUGAUGAUGUUGGAUAUUUUAGCCCAUAUACACGAAAAAUAAACAUAUUUGGUUCUGGUAAUGAACCAUUUGCAUUAAUAUCAAAUAAUAGUAAUAUUGUAUUGAAAAUUCCGGAAAAUUUGCCACAAGAUUCUGUUAUUAUUGUCUCAUUUAAAUAUCCACCUUCACAUUAUGAACCGAAGUUCAUAGCAAAGAUAAAAAGCUAUCAAAAUAAUAAAAUUUUAUUUAAUAUACACUGUCGUGAUUAUGAAUCUUCUGACGAUGAAGAGAAUAAUGAAGAUUCGAAUUCUAUUGACGAUGAACAUGUAAACGAAAAUCCGAAAUUUUUUGAAAAUGAAGAUGCGAAUAAAGAUUCGAAAUCUUUUGACGAUCAAGUACUUAAUAUUGAGGAUAUUUCUGCAUAUAAUGAAAAUAGAGAAAAAUAUUCUAAUAAAGACUUAAAAGCAGCCGAUAUUGAAUUUGCUUAUAAGAAUAGUAUUUCUGAUAAAGAAAAUGUUAUUGGAAAAGCAUCAAAAUAUUCAAUCCAAUGGUUUAUUCUCCAAAAUUCUGAUAUAUAUAUAACUGAUUCAUCUGAAAUAAUUUAUCUGAACAAAAUAGGUCGAGAAUUUCACUUAACUAAACCAAGUAUGUAUAUACUUUAA